UAAACCACGUUCCAGAGACAGCAGGAGUAACUUGCCUGAUCAAAAACUAUGCUGAGAUUUGUGCUACUCUCCCUUUAUAUGGGCUUUGUGGUAGGGAGCUCAAUUCACAGAAUUGGACAUGUGGACAUCACUGACACCCUGCAGGCACAUGUGAUGCAGGGACAGACCACUUUAAAUGAGAUGUUUAAGGAGGUGGAAAAGCUGAUGGAGGACACGCAGCAGAAACUAGAGGAGGCUGUGCACCAGAUGGACAAUGAGUCUUCAAAGUCGUUACAACAUGAACGCAACUUCCCUGACAAUUUUUACAAUGAAACUUCAAGGGAGAUUAAGCUUGGCAAAAGGACCUUCCAACUAACAGAGCGUAUCGACAAGGAAACAGACAAUAAGACUGGGAAAACAGAUUUUUCCAGAACUGUCAUUCAGAACACUGGGCGGUGGAACGAAGUAGAUCAUGAAUGCAUGAUUGAUGAGGAUUGUGGGGACGGCAGCUACUGCCUGGAUGAGAUUGUCACCUCCAGAUGUAUGCCCUGCCAGGCAGCUAAUAUGCAAUGCACAAAGGAUGAGGAGUGUUGUGGCGAUCAGCUGUGUGUGUGGGGUGUUUGCACUCAGAAGAGAACUAAAGGACAGUCUGGAACAAUCUGCCAAUUCCAGAAUGACUGCAGUCCUAAACACUGCUGUGCCUUCCACAAAGCCCUUCUCUUCCCCGUGUGCCGCCCCAAGCCACAGGAACGGCAGGGCUGUAGUGAUCACCCUAACCAGCUAAUGGAACUGUUACUGUGGGACGAGGAAGGCCCACUGGAGAGCUGCCCUUGUGCUGCAGGUCUGCAUUGUCAGCCCCUCGGGAAAGAAUCAGUUUGUGUGGAUGAGAGGAACUCAUCUGGUGAAGGCAUCUUAGACUGAUCACCUGGCUCACAAGGAAUCUGCGGCCAAAAAAAUUCCUGCAGAAUUGGAACUAUAACCAUCAAUCACAAAAUACAUCUCUGCACCUUGCUUGUUUCUUUUCUAAAAUAUAUUCACCUGUUUUGGCAAUGCCUUCAGCUUCUAUGUGUGCAGUAGACCUACAUUAGUAAAAUAAACAGUCCUCUACUAUUGUUUAUUUUAUGUUUAAAUCCAUUCUGUAGAUUUUUCCACAAACUCAGCUGAGAAAAUGUGCAUUCUGUCUGAGCCUCAUUUGUAAUGCCUGUAUCUUCAGAAAGCUUUGCACUCUACCAGCAUUAUAGUGCCUUCUGGGAUGUGCUCUUAUUUGUGAUGCAAGAUUUUUAAGUAACCUUUUUUGUUCAAGAAAUAUUUAGUUAGAUUAUGACAAUGUUGGCCAAGAUGGACAUUUUAAGCAUUCAUAAUAAAUAUGGUCUUU